AUGUCCGGAGAGGCAGGCUCAUGCCGCCUGGGCCCCGGGGCACGGGCCCGGGCGAGGAAGCCUAAGAAGCCACACUAUAUCCCACGGCCCUGGGGCAAACCCUACAACUACAAGUGCUUCCAGUGCCCUUUCACCUGCCUGGAGAAGUCCCACCUCUACAACCACAUGAAGUACAGCCUCUGUAAGGACUCCCUCUCCCUCCUGCUGGACUCCCCCGACUGGGCCUGCCGCCGGGCAUCGGCCGCGUCCCGGCCACGUGCACCCACCCCAGGCCACCCCGCGGAUUCCUCGGACCCCAUGGACCCCAGCGGCCGGCCCCAAGGAGCGCUGGACGCUCCCGCCACGCCCGACCACAUGGUCACCGAUGUCCUCUCCCUGCGCCGCUGGGUUGGGGGCCCCAGGCCAGGGGCCGAGGGGUCCCCAGAGACACUGCUCCCUGAGGCCAGGGACUCCCAGAAGGGUGCAAGCCUCGGUGGCCUCCUGGCCGAGUCGUGGAAGCCGGGGAGGGGUGGGGGCCCGAGGAGCACGUCCGGGGUGGACGUGCCUGCCACGGGCCCUGAGAGCAGUGUCCCCUGCUACCCCCCGCCCACCCCCGGGGAGUUCCCUGAGGCCCAGAGCCUCCACCUGUCCCUGCUGGGCGUCAACUACCCUCUCGGCCUGGGCCUCUUUUCCUACCUGGGGCCCUCCCUGGCCGCUGCCGCCCACAUGCCCUUCCUGGCCUCAGCCAGCCCCCUACUGGCCCCGGCCACUGCCUUCCCUGCCUCACAGCCCCCAGAGCGCCCGGCCCUGGUCCCUCGCCUGUACUACCCCCUGCUCCUGGAGCACAGCCUGGGGCUACCGGCAGGCAAGACUGCCCUUGCCAAGCCCUCCGCCCCCCCCAAAGGGCCCCCCGAGACUCUGGUCCCUGGGCUGCUGAAGUUGCCAGUGCCUGGGCUGGGUGGGCCCUGGCCCCGUGGUGCUCUCAGGGACCCGGGGAAGGAGGGGGGGCUGGAGCGGGCUGCCCAGAGCGACCCCAAGAGGAAGCUGGCCCUGGGAGGCAGGCCAGAAGCCCCACAGGACCCCUGCAGCAGGAUGAAAUUCAGUUCCCAGAGCAGCCUGAGGACCGGCCCCUCCGUGAUGCUGUGGCCUGAGGACAAGGAGCUAAGUGACCUUGAGAGCCCUGGUCCUGCGGCCCCCCUGCCCCAGCAACCGCUGGGCCUGUUGCUGGGGGGCCCUGGGCACGUGGGCGAGGACCUGACUCGGGCCCUUGGUGACUGUGCCAGGGUGGAACAGCGCCUGGGCCAGUUGGCGCCUGCUGGGGGCCUGGCCCCGCGGCCUCUGCGGGAGCAGCUGGGGAAGAUCCGCCAGGAGCUGCUCACCAUCCACCAGGCGCUGGAGCGGGCCGUGCGGCCACCUGACACUCCCCUCGACCUCUCUGUGAAACGGGCACCCACCAAGGGGCAUGAGGUGCCCCCAGGGCUCUGGGGGCAGCCGGAGCUGGGCCCCAUGCUGGUCCGGGGGACCCCCAAGCCACCCGGCAUGCUGGCAGCCCAGCCUCUGUCCAGCCACACCACCAAGUGUGAGGCUGACUCCAGUGUCCCUCCACCGGGUCUUCCCCUCCAGGCCCCAGAGGACCCUGUCCUUCCUGGCAGCUGGGGCACCCGUGGUGGGCCUGGGGGCUCCUGGCCCCCUGAGGCUGUCCCUGGCCUGCAGAACCCCACGGGUGCCGAGGUCUGACCACAGCCCCUGCUGCCAUCUCUGUCCUUAACAGACAGGGGCCCUUCUCCAACCCCAUGCCUGCUGCCUGGCCCCACACCUGCCCCAGCAUGCCCGUGGACAGACCCCACCCGCCAUGGCCACACCCGUCUCUGGGGCCACACAAGUACAGCAGAGGGUCAUGGCUCUUUAGUGAUCACAGUUGUGGA